CUGUGUCAGGGAGGGGGAAGGGAACAGCUGAAGACUUGAGAAGCUACAUGCUCUACAAGGCCAAAUAAAUAUCUUGAAUCGGGUGGCUGUGAAAAAAAAGCCAUAGCCCAUCCUCCUUACAUAAUCCAUAGCUAGUUUGAGUCUAAUUGCAAAGUUGGGAAAAAGAAUAUUGAGAGAGAGUGAGGAAAAACAGAAAGUAGCUUCAAGUAUAAAUGAAGCAAGUUUCAUCAAUUACUUUUGGGCCUUGUUAUGGGUAUCUCUGUUUCUCAGCUGAACGUCCCACUCUUCUUCGCUUUACCCACCACUUCAAGUCCCAUAGUACCAGAGCAAUGGCAUCCCACAUUGUUGGUCUUCCCCGCAUAGGACCGAAGAGAGAGCUCAAGUUUGCCUUGGAAUCUUUCUGGGAUGGGAAGAGUAGUGCCGAAGAAUUGCAAAACGUGGCUGCAGGUCUUAGGUCAUGCAUCUGGAAGCAGCUGGCUGAUGCUGGUAUUAAGUAUAUCCCAAGCAACACCUUCUCAUACUAUGAUCAGAUGUUAGACACCACAGCCAUGCUUGGGGCUGUACCACCUAGAUAUGGUUGGAAAAGCAGCGAGGUUGGCUUGGAGACCUACUUUUCAAUGGCUAGAGGGAAUGCACAUGUUCCUGCUAUGGAAAUGACCAAGUGGUUUGACACCAACUACCAUUACAUUGUCCCUGAAUUGGGGCCACAUAUUAGGUUCUCUUAUGCCUCUCACAAGGCAGUGGAUGAAUUCAAGGAGGCCAAAGCUCUUGGAUUGGAUACUGUUCCUGUCCUUAUAGGACCUGUAUCCUACUUAUUGCUAUCAAAACCAGCAAGGGGUAGUGAACAAUCCUUUCCCCCUCUAUCCCUACUUCGCUAUAUUCUUCCAGUUUACAAGGAGGUUGUGGCAGAACUUAAGGCAGCUGGUGCUACCUGGAUCCAGUUUGAUGAGCCCACCCUUGUUUGGGAUCUUGAUGCUAACCAAUUGCAGGCAUUUGCUCAUGCCUACUCAGAGCUAGAGUCAUCUUUAUCUGGUUUAAAUGUUCUGAUUGAGACAUACUUUGCUGAUGUUACUGCCGAGGCAUACAAGACACUUACCUCUUUGAAGGGUGUUACCGGUUAUGGGUUUGACCUAAUUCGUGGAGAAAAGACCCUUGAUUUAAUUAACGAUGGAUUUCCUUCUGGAAAACACCUUUUUGCUGGAGUGGUUGAUGGAAGGAAUAUAUGGGCCAACGAUCUUGCAUCUUCCCUCCGUACCCUGCAGGCUCUUGAGGGCAUUGUUGGAAAAGACAAGAUCGUUGUCUCCACAUCCUGCUCUCUUCUACACACUGCAGUUGAUAUAGUGAAUGAGACUGAGUUGGAUAAAGAGGUUAAAUCAUGGCUUGCAUUUGCGGCCCAAAAAGUUGUUGAAGUAAAUGCCUUGGCUAAGGCAUUGUCCGGACACGAGGAUGAGACAUUUUUCUCCACCAAUGCCGCAGCUCAAGCUUCAAGAAAAUCCUCCCCUAAGGUGACGAAUGAGGCUGUCCAGAAGGCUGUUGCUGCACUGAAGGGCUCUGACCUCCGUCGGGCUACAAAUGUGACUGCAAGGUUAGAUGCUCAGCAAAAGAGGCUGAACCUUCCUAUUCUUCCAACCACCACCAUUGGAUCUUUUCCUCAAACAAUAGAUGUAAGAAGAACGCGCCGGGAAUUCAAGGAUAAGAAAAUCUCUGAGGAAGAUUAUGUCAAUGCAAUGAAAGAGGAAAUAAACAAAGUUGUCAAGCUCCAGGAAGAGCUGGACAUUGAUGUGUUGGUACAUGGAGAGCCCGAGAGGAAUGACAUGGUUGAGUACUUUGGGGAGCAAUUAUCUGGAUUUGCCUUCACUUCCAAUGGAUGGGUCCAAUCUUAUGGUUCCCGCUGUGUCAAGCCACCUAUCAUCUAUGGUGAUGUGAGCCGCCCCAAGCCCAUGACAGUCUUCUGGUCUUCACUAGCUCAAGGGAUGACGAAGAGACCUAUUAAGGGCAUGCUCACUGGACCUGUUACCAUUCUGAACUGGUCCUUUGUGAGAAAUGACCAGCCCAGAUUUAAGACCUGCUAUCAGAUUGCUUUGGCCAUCAAGGACGAGGUUGAGGAUCUUGAGAAAGCAGGCAUUACCGUAAUCCAGAUUGAUGAGCCUGCUCUAAGAGAAGGUUUGCCUUUGAGGAAGGCUGAGCAGGCUCUCUAUCUAGGUUGGGCUGUUCACUCCUUCAGGAUUACGAACUGUGGUGUUCAGGAUACUACCCAGAUCCACACCCACAUGUGCUACUCAAAUUUCAAUGACAUCAUUCACUCGAUCAUUGACAUGGAUGCGGAUGUUAUCACCAUCGAGAACUCCAAAUCAGAUGAGAAGCUGCUCUCAGUCCUCCCUGAGGGACUGAAGUUUGGUUCUGGCAUUGGUCCUGGUGUCUAUGAUGUCCACUCACCCAGGAUCCCGUCUGACACAGAACUUUGUGUCAAAAUUAAGAAUAUCAUUAAGGUCCUUGAGAACAACAUGGUGUGGGUUAACCCGGACUGUGGUCUCAAGACACGCAAAUACUCUGAAGUCCAGCCUGCCCUCAGCAACAUGGUUGCUGCUGCCAAAUACAAUCGGCAGAUGUUGAGGCGUUCAGACUGAUGGCCAGUGAGCUGAGGACCGAUUUGGUCUUAUCUUGGGGAAAGCAAAUUUUUUUGUUGGAAUUGCUUUACUAUAUAUUUUCAUUAGGGUAGGUGAUAGCCUAGUAGUAGUUUCUGUACAUGCUUUUUUGGCUUUAGGCAAAAUUGUAGCAAUAGUCCCUUACUAAGACCAAACUUUACUUUUCGUCCUUCAUAUUGUUAAAUUGUUACAGUGGUGUUUUAAUUAGAUCUCAUGUUGCAUCA